GGGGGAGGCCUGUCAGUCUCGCGCGUUGCCUGGGCGAAGGGGGCGGAGCUUUGGCGUGGGGCGGCCAAUAGUGGGGGUGGCUGCGUGGGUCGCCAUGGGGACGGGGCUGUUCCCGGGGAGGCUGUGAUGGGUUGACAGGUGCGUGACAGUGGGAGCUGCUCUCGGCACAAGCAUGUACGGCAAAGGCAAGAGUAACAGCAGCGCCGUCCCGUCCGACAGCCAGGCCCGGGAGAAGUUAGCACUCUACGUAUAUGAAUAUCUGCUCCAUGUAGGAGCUCAGAAAUCGGCCCAAACAUUUUUAUCAGAGAUAAGAUGGGAAAAAAACAUCACAUUGGGGGAACCACCAGGAUUCUUACAUUCUUGGUGGUGUGUAUUUUGGGAUCUCUACUGUGCAGCUCCAGAAAGACGGGAAACAUGUGAACAUUCAAGUGAAGCAAAAGCCUUCCAUGAUUAUAGCGCUGCAGCAGCUCCCAGCCCAGUGCUAGGAAACGUUCCCCCAGGAGAUGGCAUGCCAGUAGGUCCUGUACCACCAGGGUUCUUUCAGCCUUUUAUGUCACCUCGGUACCCUGGAGGUCCAAGGCCCCCACUGAGGAUACCUAACCAGGCACUUGGAGGUGUCCCAGGAAGUCAGCCAUUACUUCCAAGUGGAAUGGACCCAACUCGACAACAAGGACAUCCAAAUAUGGGUGGGCCAAUGCAGAGAAUGACUCCUCCAAGAGGAAUGGUGCCCUUAGGACCACAGUCUGACCCUUGGUUAUCAUUACAGAACUAUGGAGGUGCAAUGAGACCCCCCCUGAAUGCUUUAGGUGGCCCCGGAAUGCCUGGAAUGAACAUGGGUCCAGGUGGUGGUAGACCUUGGCCAAACCCGACAAAUGCCAAUUCAAUACCAUACUCUUCAGCAUCUCCUGGGAAUUAUGUAGGUCCUCCAGGAGGUGGAGGGCCACCAGGAACACCCAUCAUGCCUAGUCCAGCAGAUUCAACCAACUCUGGAGACAACAUGUAUACUUUAAUGAAUGCAGUACCUCCUGGACCUAACAGGCCUAAUUUUCCAAUGGGCCCCGGGUCAGAUGGUCCCAUGGGUGGAUUAGGAGGAAUGGAGUCACAUCACAUGAAUGGCUCUUUAGGCUCAGGAGAUAUGGACAGUAUUUCCAAGAAUUCUCCCAAUAAUAUGAGCCUGAGUAAUCAACCGGGCACUCCAAGGGAUGAUGGCGAAAUGGGGGGAAAUUUCUUAAAUCCUUUUCAGAGUGAGAGUUACUCCCCUAGCAUGACAAUGAGUGUGUGAUCCAUUACCAAGUCUCCUCAUGAAAACCACAGUGAGUCAGCCCUUCACAGAACUACUACGGAAGAAAAUUAUUCAUCACAGUGUACAGUUAAACAAAGGAAUCUCAGUCACACCAAACCAACCUUUUUAUUUCCUGCUCUCUCCCCUAUUUUUUGAAGAAAGCGGGUCCAAACGUGAUUCAAACAACUGUACAGAGUGGCAUAUUAGAAUUGCCCUAAACUGAACUGCAAAUAAUUAUCUGUGUAUGUAUAUGUGUGGGAAAGAGAAUGUAUUGUAUAUGUGUAUGUUAUAUGGACAUAUGCACAUACAUACAUUUACCCACAGGACAUUGUAAAAUAUUAUUACAUGACAUCUUAAGUAGAAAUAAGUAGGGACUUUUAUUCCAUCCUUUUUUUCACGUUUACAUUUUAAUUAUUAAAAGUUGCUCCUGCCCCUCCCUGAACUAUUUUGUGCUGUGUAUAUCACUGCUUUAUAUAAGUUAUUUUUUAAGGUGAACUCAGAUGUUAUGGUUUUGUAAAUGUCUGCAAUCAUGGAUAGGAAUAAAAUUGCUUAUUUGAGAGCUUUCAUUAAAUUGCGUCUGAUGCAAGUUCUCCUGUGAAUCAUAAAGUGUACUGUCUCAAAAAAAAAAAAGUGUGCCCUCAUCCUAUGUCAAAUCAAACAACUUCUCAGUUACCUUUAGUGAGAAGUAUUUUUGUACUUUUUAUUUAGGAAAAAUACUUCAACGAGGGCCUAACACAGUAUAUUUCUGCAAUAACUGCUUUAGAUGGAAUUCUUGACUUGUCUUUGAUGAUACAGAAAAUCAUUAAUUAGCCCCAACUGCUUAGACCAUAGCAAUAAAAUGACAGGGGUCGUCAUAUUUUUAGAAACAUAUUUUCUCUUUAACAUGAUAAAGCCCAGAAGUGCUUGAAUUUGUCACUUCUCACCAGGAAUAGUAGAGCUAAAUUUUUAAUAACAUGCUAAUGGAAAAUGGUAUCUGAUUUUUACUCAGACUUCUUGUGAACGUUUCCACAUAGACAUUGCAAAGAAGAUACAUUCCACUGACUGAGACUUUGAGCAGAAGGGGAAAAGAAGUUUUUCCUGGACCGGAGGGGCUUUGAAGGGCUGCUUUUCUGUCCACGUAGCUUGCUUACUAGCCGCAGAACUGACUGGUAACAGCCCCAUCUGUGCAUACCUCUCAUUGGCAGCACAGCGCCUGCUCUGUUCCCAGGAUCUAGGACUUUUAUUUAGAGGGAAAUCAUUUAUAGUAACUAUAUUCAUCUGGCCAUUGACUUCAGCAGGCUAAAUCUACGUUGUGUAAUUGUUCAGAAAAGAAUGUGUCUAUGUUAAAAAUUAAAGAAAAAAAGAACACUUUCCUUACUAAAACAAGUUGUUCGAUGGCACUUUCCAGAUCUUUUGGGGGUUUUGUGUUUAAUCUUACGUACAAACACCGAAAUCAUCAUAGAAAAGUGUGAAGACUUUAAUUUUGCACUCCAAAAGACAAGUUGGUGGUCCUUUGUUAAAAUUGUGAUACAAAUAGCCACUGGUAAACAUCAACUAUAUCUCAAACUCCAUAGAAUCUGAAAAAGCAUUGUUUAAUCUCAGGUAAGAGGAAUCCUUCUUCCUUUAGGCUGAUGGCUUCUAAAGUGAAAAUUUAGCCGUAUAUUUGCUAGUUCCUGGUCCCAGAUGACUUAUUUCUCUCAAAUUUGUAAUGAUCUACCCCUUCUGAAAGUAAAGAUUUGGCCUGUGCAUGACAGGGAUGCUGGGCAGAACUGUUGAAGGGGGGAAAAGAAGCUGAAUUAAAUGUAUGCUCCAGAUUUAAACUCUAACCAAAUGAGUGACCAUUCAUCCUACAGUGUGCGCGGACCUAGGACUGCACACUGGAGAACAGAUUCAAGCUUUCAAGCUGCAGAGAACUUUCAUGAAAAAGUCAAAUUAAAAGGUCUUUAACUCAAGCCAAGGUAAUCUGAAGAUGACACUUUGGAUAGACAUGUGAAUUUACCAAAAAUAAUUUUAAUUUUCACUUUUUUCUGAUCAUUGUGUGAACACUUUCAACCCUGUGAUUAUUAAGUUUAAUCUUAUGAUGCUAGAAAUUUCAAAUGUUUUUUGUCUAUUCACUCCAUUGCUAUUGAUCUUAAAUUUCUUUUAUUUGCCUUCUAAGAAGGUAUUGUUUCUUAUUAUCAUGAACAAUCAUGACCCCACUUUUACUUGCCAUUAUUUUAGGGGUAAUAUUAGAGUAUAAAUGGCAAUAUGGGUCCCAUUAUUCCUAGUCUACUUGGUAAAAAAAAAAAAGUAAAAUUCGAUUUUUUCAAUGUAUAGCAAUCAACUCAUCAUAAGUAUUUAUUUCUUCUCUCUUGCAAUCCAGAUUAUAAAUGGCUAUUUCAAAUUUUUUUAAAUUCCCGAAAUAGUUGAAAAUUUAUUUUGAAGAGAAAGUUCUAUUUAAGAAAACCAUAAAAUAAGAAUAUUGAAUUUUAAUGUCAAAUAACUUUCUCGUGCACCACGUGGAGGAUAGUAUAUCUGCAUAGUAAUUUUUUUAUAGGUUUUGAAUCAUUUAAACUUUAUCCUUUUCUCUUGCGUUUUCCAUCUCUAUCUAUGCAUUUAUAUUGGUCUUGAUAUAUACUACCUGUUCCUGCGUUAUUUUUACAUAUUUCAACUCACAGGAAUAGUAUCAGCAAUUCUUGCCCACACUGAAUACAUAAAAUACACAUAUGAAAUGUGAAAAUGUGUAACAAGUGAAAACAUUAAUUUUCAUUACUCUGCUUUGCAUUCUGCUGGACUCACUACAGUUGAAAAUAUAUGCCAAAUUGUUUCUAAAGUCUAGCUGUCUUAUAACAAAGUUUCCCAUGGGAACAAAGGCUAUAAAGUGCCAUUGACCUGGUAAUACCCACACAUUUGACGGAUGAAUCCUAGUGCUCUGUUACAACUGCUCCAGGUUGGACUCAGUUGCUGAUGUAUAGGAACUGUGCAGCUAGGAAGCUGAAGAUAAGAUUUCUCUGUUACCCAAAAGAUUAACAAAUCAAUUCUGCUCCCUGAGCCAUGCAAAGUGCCCAAAACACCCUUUUCCUUCCAGAAAUAGAAUAAAGAAAUCUUCCAUUUCUACUUUUUAUGAUGCUCUAAGAUAGCUGAAUUCUGUUGCAUUUCAUAGGAUCAUUCAGUUAGCAUUCCUCCUGUAGCUUAAAAAACAGCAAACAAAAUAAAUUUCAGCUUGGGACAUGAGGAAGCCCUACCUCUACCCACACCUUUUCUUCAUAUUAUUCUGGGCAUCUGCAGCAAAGCAUUCAAAACUGCUCCCUCGGCAGAGAAUUUUACACAGUCCUUAAUACUGUGAAGUCUUGAUUGGCUUCUUCCAUGUCUUCCUCUGUACCUCCCUCCCAAUCCCUGCAUCAUCCAGGAGAAGUAAGAUACAGACAUUUUUACCUUCUCAGCCCCUAAACUUUUCUUUCUCAUACAGUAUAUAGUUUUCCCAGGAGAAGUAAUUGCACUUUCCAUUUCUUGAUUAUCACUGUGAAUUAGAAGCAAUGCCACAAAUCAUAGCUACUUGACUUUGGAAAGCAUUGUAGUAUUUUAACACUGGUUUUGCCUUCAUUUUUAUGUUUUAUAUACCACAAUGCUCUAUUCUUGAAAAUACUAAUUGAUAGAAGUAGUGCAUGAGUGUAUAGUAUGGGAGGGAGAAGGUCAAUAUGGGGGUGGGGGAGAGUUGCCACAUAUUCUCCAAAAGGUAAAUUGGUCUUUUAAAAAAAAAAAAAAAACCCUCUCCUGGUGGUGUAAAUUUCUUGUUUGCAAUGAGGAGCAGGAGUCUGUGUUUGCUUAAAACAGUCGUACCCAGUUGUAAGCAGUGUAAGAGGCUCCCUGCGUCUUCAAAGCGUAAUUUGAGAAAUACCAGACAAGUCUAAGAAACAGUGGUGACCCACUAUUAAUAUACUUCUGUUUUGCAUACUCAACUUGUGUGAGCACGUGCACAUGCGUAUAUUGGGGGUGGUGAUAGGAGGUUUGCUCACAAAACACUCCCACUAUGACUUACAUUAUUUUAUACCACAACCGGUAAUGAUUAAACGUAAUUCUUUCCUUUGACUGUUUUUUAUUUCAUUGGUAAAGUAGCUGAUAAUAUUGAUUUGGGAUGAAAAGAGAGUAAUACAAGACAUAAGCAGAUGGAAUCUCCUGUGCCCAGCUUUAACAAUACCCAUGUUAGCUUGUCCACCUCAGACCUUCUUAGGAAGGCACUGCAUCUGAAGGUAAGAGCAUAAAUGAUCUUUUAUUCCUUGGUUACUUCACUGCCGUAUGAUUAUAGUUUUUUUAAUGUAGAUACUUGUUUACAAGAAAUUGAAUUGACAUUCUUCAUUUAUUUCACCAAAAGCAUCAGCUUUACCUAUGGAACUUGUAAAUCAGACUUUUGAAAGAAAUGACCUACAGAUGAAAAACACCUUAGACCAUUUUAAUUACUUUUCUAAACUAUAUUCUAAAGAGAAAUUCUCAGUUGAAUAGUCUCCUAAGGAAAAUUUCCUCUGUUGAGUUUCCUUAACUUAAUGUAACUUAAUGUUACAUUAAUGUUAAUUUAAUAUAAUCGGUCUUCCUGAAUAGAAGAAAAAUAAUUUCUGUAAGUAGUUUAAUGUAAAUAUUUUUGCUGACUACAUCCUUAAAAAUGAAAUACAGUAUUACCUGUAGAUACUAGAAAUUUUAAAGUAGGACUAAAUGUUUUCAUGUAUAGAAUUACAGUUUGUCUCUUCUCCCUUUGUGGCUGUGGCUUUACUAUCCUCAGGAUAAACUGGACUUGUUUUGAUUAUCCCAGGCAUUGAAAUAUUGUGGUCUGUUCCUAGAACUAUUUAGCAUUUCAUUUUUUAAAUGAAAUGUGAAAUUAGCAUGAAAAAAGUAUUAAUAUGCCUUUAAAAAUGCUAUCAAGGAUUUAUUUCUAAUUAACAUUAAAACUUUACCCCACUUUCUCUUUUGCAUCAUAUGACCUCACUAUAUUGCCAAGGAAGUGAAAUUUGGAUUCCUCACAGUGUUCUCAGAACACAAUACAAAAACGUUGUCAGCUAAAUUUCCAUCAUGUCCUGGUAAAAUUGCUCAGUAAAAUGUAAUUAACCAUCUAGUUAUUAGGAAGCAGUUCAAAUAAUCUGUCCAGUUUACAUAAUUUAAAAACAAAUCUUUACAUUUAGCAAUACCUUAGAAAUAUUAAUAUAAACUACUCAUUAAAAUGUGUAUAUUACUUUCUACCAAAAACUAUAUGUUAGAGUGAAUAAAAGACAUGCUGUUGUUUCCAGUAUGGAAAAUGGAAAAGUCUUUAUUCAUAGAAUUCUUUAUUCAUGAAAGCUGUGAGCUGAUCGGAUUGUUUAAUUUACCUAAUUGUGAUUGUAAGAGCUUAAUAUGUUUUUUUCCCACGUGUUAAAUUGUUACCUAUAAUGUCAUCCUGGAAAAAUAGAAUUAUUUGUAAGGUUUUUACAAAUGAACAAAUUAUGUAUAAAUAUAAUUGGAAUCUGGGAUGAUUCUUAGUGAUCUACUAUCCUUAAUUCAACCAUGGCCAUCAGCUACCUGACACAUUCUGUAAAUUUAGCAUGCACGUGUGUGCAUGUGCAUUGCGUGCAUACAUGGCCAUUAUUGCAUUUAUCUUCAAAUGGAUUUAUCACUUAAUGUCUUUGUACAAAUACCUGGACUAUUCAUGUAAUGGAAAUGGAAGGUUGUCAUAAAAAGGUACAUAAAUGUCCCUUAAUUCAGCACCUAUUUUCACACUUAAUUUUAAAAAUACAACUUUUCAUUUACAGUUUCUACCCUUUUCAUUUCUAGCCUCUGCUUUAUUACUUAUAGAAAAAGUAAGGAAAUUAUUCAUCGGAAGCAAGCAUAAGUGUUUCUGAAUGACAAAAUAUAACUAAUGUGGAUUUGUGUAUAUGACUGAGGUAGAUAGACAUUAUGCCUAACACAAAAAACAGGAGUCUAUAGUAUCAAAGAAUUGAUAUGCAUUAAGAAAAGGCUAUAUGUGGCUGGUUCUAGAUAACUAAACCAAAUACCAAAAAUCGUUAAUAUGGUUAUCAAAUAUCUGUUAAUGGAUAAUAGUUUUAUAUUUUAUUCCAAACAACAUUAUACAUAAUGUGGAAAUCUGAAGCAAUUAUGCAGGUAAUUUAUGCAAAACUAUGCUUCUCCUCAAGUGCAUUUAUCUUUUUGAUGAAUUGUACAGAUGGUUGUCUCAGUUCACCAUUGUCCAAAAAAAGAUUCUGAAGUAGGUCCUGCAUACUAGAUAAAUAAAAAUUUAGGAGGAGGAAGAUCUAUAACUGAGAUUAAAAAUUCAUCCUAGAUAUAAAUUAAAUAUAUAAAUCUUUUUCUAAUAAAUUCUUUAAUACUGGUUCCACAGUAUUUAAGAGUAUUUAAGUAUUAAGUGUUUCUAGUAUUCUGGUUUUGAUCCAAACAAGGCUUUCUAGUUCAGCAAUGCAGCACAUUUGUACCUAGUGCUUAGAAAGGAAAAUGCCAUAAAUUCCAAUAGCCAGACACCUUCCUGAGCCAAAGUUUGCCUCAAGUAAUUUGUCAGGCAAUUGUAGCAAGCUGUCUGGAUUUCUGGGAGAUGGAGGGGUGGGUAGCAAGGCAACUGAAUGGUCCCUUAAUUUAAAACAAGUAGGAGUCCUAUAACUAAGAUAAGAUUUAGCAUAGAUAAAUAAAAGCCAGCAGAAUCAGUUUAAUUCCCCCUCAGCUCCUCUUGGUGAAUGAGAUAAUAGUCUAAGAGUCCAGAAUGAAGGAAAAAGGGUUAGAGUGUCUGCAUACCUAGCCCCAAAUAAUAUGUAUCAAGUAUCAAGUAAAAGUCAUCAAGUAUUUGUUCUCACAGCUCAAUGUGUUCUUUUUUUAUGUUCCAAUAAAACUUUAUUUACACAAGUAGGCAUGUGAUUCACCAGCUAUAGGUUGCUGACUUAUGCUAUAUAACAACAGUGUUAUCACAACUAAAGUUAACAAAAAUUCCCUAACAUUACCUAACAACCAAUCUAUAUUUAAUUUUUGCAGUAGCCCCCAAAUGCCCGUGUUGUAUUUAUCGGAUUUGUUCCCACUUGUAUUGAGAAAUAAUUAAAAUACAUCACUGUAUAAGUAUAAGGCAUACAGCAUGAUGGUUUGACUUACGUAUAUUAUGAAAUGGUUACCAGAAUAAGGUUCAGCUAACAUACACAUACAAUAAAAAGAAAAGAAAGGGAAAAAAAUUUUGUCCUUGUGAUGAGAACACUUAAUAACUUUCUUAAUAACUUUCUUAUUAACUCUUAAUAACUUUCCUGCAUAGUAGUAUAUAGCUGUGUUAGCCAUAGUCCCCAUGUUGUACAUUACAUCUCCAGUACUUAUUUAUCUUAUAACUGGAAGUUUUUACCUUUUGACCACUUUCCUCCAAUUUCCCCUUACCCCCACUCUCAACGUAUUCUUAAAAGUAAAGAAACACUUUACACCAAAAGAGGCAUAAAGAUUUAUAAAGAAAUUCCAGAAGUUUUACUACCUACACAAAUUGUCUGAUGAGAAAUAGGGCAUCCCUUUAUGGAAAGAUCUAGAACCAACAGACAUUGUACAUAUAAAUGUUUAGCUGUCCUGGGGCGCCUGGGUGGCUCAGUCAGUUAGGCAUCUGCCUUCGUUCGGCUCAGGUCAU